UUGACUAACAGAAAAGUCCACACGCCACCACACGCCUCAGAGAGAAACUUUCCACUUUCGAUUUUCCAUUUCGAAAUUUCCCGAGAAACAAACACCCAUUUGCCGACAAUAUGCACGACUUCUGCUUCACGAUCCCCUACGGUCUCAUCCUCAUUGCAGGGGGCGUUAUCGGGUUCGCGAAGAAAGGAAGCAUAGCUUCCUUGGCUGGGGGUGCUGGCAUUGGAUUGCUCCUCGUCUUGGCUGGCUGGUUGAGCCUCAAAGCCUUUGAGAAACGAAAGAAUUCUUACUUUGCUUUGAUUCUGGAGACUGUUUGUGCAGCAGCAUUGACUGUGGUUAUGGGAUUGCGUUAUCAGCAGACAUCUAAGAUUAUGCCAGCUGGUAUUGUAGCUGUGAUCAGUGCCCUGAUGACUGGGUUUUACCUGUACAAACUUGCUACCGGGGGUAACCAUAUCCCUGCCAAGGCUGAGUGAUUGCUUUGAGGUUUCUUUGUAAGACUAAUACUGAGAUGUAAUUGAACAACAGAGAUGAACAUGCUUCAAUUAGAAGAUUUUACUUACUCGAACAAAGAUGUAUUGGUAUGUAUUACUCCUACUACUGGUUGUUUGUAUGAGACAAAAGAUUGCUGGUCUCCUGGAAAUGAAACAAAUACAAUCUCUCAAGAUUUAUUGUUAA